UCCCGCAGAGAGAGACACUGGUGUGACACAUCAGGAAACAGGUCGUCUUGUCAUCACCGUGAUAUCACAGGAAUUGCGGGCACGGCUUGCCUCUUUAUAAACGUGAGCCUGCGUACCUUUCCGUCCAGUCUCAGCCUGCUGCCAAGCCUGCCGGCCAUGCGGGUCCUCUAUCUGCUGGGUGUGUUGCUCUUCCUGUUCUCCAUGCCUGUUCCAGGCCGCGGAGGGCUCAUCGGCGCGGCGCAGAGGUACUACUGCCGAAUCCGGGGCGGCCGCUGCGCACUGCUGAGCUGCCUGCCCAGCGAGGAGCAGAUAGGCCGCUGCUCUCUCCGGAGUCGGAAGUGCUGCCGGAGAAGGAAAUAGGGGUCCAGGCACGAAGGGGCCCUCCUUCAAGUUCAUUCAACUAACACCGAAUUAAAUUUUCUUUU